AGGGAGCUCUUUUUGUGACCGAAGAAGUGCCUUUUUUGGGGAAGAACAAUGCACAUGUAUGUUGGAGCUAUUCUGGCCCUGGGAUUCUUUGCUCAUGUUGUUGUUGGAGUGUCCUUCAUCAACCUUGUCUUGGAUGAGUGGGAAACUUUCAAGCUUGAGCAUGGUAAGAAGUAUGAGAGUGGAGAAGAGGAACAGUUCCGCAUGAAGAUCUACAUGGAGAACAGACACAAAGUUGCCAAACACAACCAGCUCUUUGCACAUGGAGGGAAGACCUACUCUGUUGCCCUCAACAAAUAUGCUGAUUUGCUGCACCAUGAGUUUGUGGAGAAAAUGAAUGGAUUCAAUGGAAAGGUGGCUUUGUCAAACAUAUCAAGACCGGUCCUUGCUUCAUCUUGGAUUGAACCACUUCAUGUGGAACUUCCAAAGCAAGUGGAUUGGCGAAAGAACGGUGCUGUCACUCCUGUGAAGGACCAGGGACACUGUGGCUCAUGCUGGUCCUUCAGUGCUACUGGAGCAUUGGAGGGGCAGAAUUUCCGGAAGUCUGGGAAGCUGGUUUCUCUCAGUGAACAGAACCUUAUUGACUGCUCUACCAAGUAUGGCAAUGAUGGAUGCAAUGGUGGACUCAUGGAUCAGGCAUUCCAGUACAUCAAAGAUAAUCGUGGGAUUGAUACUGAGACAAGUUAUCCAUAUGAAGGAGAGGAUGAUGUAUGUCGCUACAAUCCCUCAACACGAGGAGCAGAUGACACAGGAUAUGUAGACUUGCCACAAGGGGAUGAGAAGGCACUACAGAAAACUGUUGCCACCAUUGGGCCUGUUUCCAUUGCCAUUGAUGCCUCACAUGAAUCUUUCCAAUUUUAUUCCAAAGGUGUUUACAUUGAGCCUCAAUGCUCCAGCCAAAACCUGGAUCAUGGGGUCCUUGUUGUUGGCUAUGAUGUGGAUGCAGAGACUGGGAAAGCAUACUGGCUGGUGAAGAAUUCAUGGGGAACCAGCUGGGGUGAUGGAGGCUAUGUGAAGAUGGCUCGCAAUCAUGACAAUCAUUGUGGUGUGGCAUCUCAAGCCAGUUAUCCUCUUGUGUAAUCAUCCACCACAGGAUAUUUUUUUUGUUGAUUAUUUUUCCCAUUUGGUUCAAUUCUUGCUCUGUUUCUGAAUGACUUCAUAAACACCAACUACAUAAUAUUGUGAUAUAUGACUGUAGACACUUCGUUUUCUCAUUCUUGAUGGGUGUCAUACAGUGGAUGCAACAGUCAGUAAUUAGUCUUUUUUCAUACAUGAAUUCCAUGCCACUUUGCAAAAAAAUAAAUUCCAGGUAUUUA